GUGCCAAAAAUAAAAACAAAAACUAACUCAAAUGCUCAAACCGUAGUUACGUUUAGUCCACCAAUGGUGCAUAACUAGAUAUCUCCAUCUUCUCAGCAUGUCACUUGCAUCAUAACUCAAUAAUGGCACUAUUAAAUAUACCACUAACUACUUCAACAAACCUCCACUAUAUAGUGUCACAAAUACUGAACCAAAACUUCCAUUAAAAGAAAAAAUACUGAACGAAAACUUUGAUUUUAUCUUUUUAAACUUAGAUUUCACAAAAAAAUGGGUUCUCUUGCAACACAAAAACCUCAUGCAAUAUGCAUUCCAUAUCCAGCUCAAGGUCAUAUCAGUCCCAUGCUCAAACUAGCUAAAUACCUUCAUUUUAGAGGUUUUCAUAUCACCUUUGUAAACACUGAAUUCAAUCACAAAAGAUUUCUCAAAUCUAGAGGAUCUGGUAACGCAAUAGACGAUUUUCAGUUCGAGACCAUACCUGACGGACUUCCAGCAUCUGAUUCGGAUUCUACACAAGAUAUCCCAUCUUUAUGUGCUUCGGUUCGAGUGAAUUGUUUGGCUCCGUUCGUUGAUCUUGUAACACGGCUUAACGACUCCCCAGAUGUGCCUAAUGUUUCUUGCAUCAUUUCAGAUGGGGCUAUGAGCUUCACAGUGAAAGCCGCAGAGCAGCUCAAUAUACCGGAAGUAGUUUUUUUUACUACUAGUGCUUGUGGAUUCAUCGGAUAUGUGUAUUACGCUGAGCUCGUUGAAAGAGGUCUAGUACCACUUAAGGAUGAAAGUGAUCUUACGAAUGGAUAUCUUGAUACACCGGUCGAUUGGAUUCCUGGUAUGGAAGGAAUCAUGCGGUUAAAAGAUUUUCCGACGUUUAUCAGAACAACCGAUCCUGAAGCGACCAUGCUGACUGUUAAUAUUGAACAUACAAGUUUGGCAAUGAGAGCUAAAGGUGUAAUACUCAACACUUUCGAAGACUUAGAACCGAAAGUUCUGAAAACAAUCCGAUCUACAUAUCCUGAGGUUCUCACCAUUGGUCCAUUACAUUUAUUGGGACAUCAAAUACCAGAAUCCGAGUCGAAAUCCAUCGGGUCAAGUUUAUGGAAAGAAGAUGCAAGUUGUUUGGAAUGGUUGAAUCAGUGGGAACCAAAUUCAGUUGUUUAUGUGAACUUUGGAAGUAUUACAGUUAUGACAGCACAACAAUUAACUGAAUUUGCUUGGGGACUUGCUAACAGUAAACACCCUUUCUUGUGGAUAAUCCGACCCGACAUGGUAUCCGGUGAUUCGGCAAAAGUACCGGAAGAGUUCUUGGAAGAGACUAAAGGAAGAAGCAUGAUAGCUAGUUGGUGUCAACAAGAACAAGUCCUUGCCCACUCAUCUAUUGGAGGAUUCUUAACGCAUUCAGGAUGGAAUUCAACUCUGGAAAGUAUUUCCGAGGGAAUUCCAAUGAUAUGUUGGCCAUUUUUCGCAGAACAACAGACCAAUUGUCGGUACGUAUGCACCGAAUGGGCAAAUGGUUCUGAAAUUGAUGCAGAUGUGAAGAAAGAUGAAGUGGAGAGGUUGGUUAGAGAAUUGAUGGAUAAAGACAAGGGGAAGGAAAUGAGAAAGAAAGCUUUAGAUUGGAAAGAAAAGGCUCAAUCAGCUGUUAAACCAGGUGGAUCUUCUUACAUGAAUAUCGAAAGACUAAUCAAUCAUGUGUUACUUGGAAACAGUAAUGCAGUUGCAGAAACAAAUGCCAAUUAGUACAAUCUGCUGUGUCCCAUUUGACCAGUCUGUCUGAAAGUUAAAAUUACUAGAGCUGUUGCGAUUGUGGGCUAGAUCCGGAUUCAAUUCCUGCGGCUGCGUAUUUCCUUUCAAAACUAUCAUCUUUUGGGAUAAAAGUCUUAUGCAAAAUGUUUACAUCCAGAAUAGCAAUCAUCUUGUCAAAUGUGUGGCAUCAGUUAAUUUGUUAUUUAGUUCUUGUUAUGGAACCUUUCUUUGUCGCCCUGAAUAAUUUAUUUGUACCCCCUGAAUGAUUUGUACAGAAGUAUUUUAAUUCUCCAAAGCAUUAGUACUUGUAAUUGGA